UCCUCUGCGAUGACAUGUCGCUGGCGUCGGACGCGCAGCUGGCCGGCUUUCCGGAGCGCCAGGAGCUCAGCUGCCACGACACGCUGGACCACGACCUGUGCCCCAGCGCCCGGGACCUGAUGUACACGGGGCUGACGGGCCUGGGCCUCGACGACCACGGCCUGCCCGCGGCCGCCGCCACCCUGGAGGACAGCCUGGACGAGGGGCCCCCGCUCUUCCCCGGGAAAACGGCCGACAACUUCGCCGACGGCGGAGCCCACCUGUCGCUACCGGACCUGGGGCCGGAGGCCGCCAGGGCCCCCCGAGGAGGCGAGCGAAGCAGGCCCAAAGCGGGCCCGGCCCGGAAGGGGAGACGGCAGCCCGGCGCGGCCCGGAGCCCCUUGUUGGACUGCAGCCUGUGCGGAAAAGCGUUCAGCAGCGCGAGCUCCCUCAGUAAGCACUACCUGACGCACAGCCAGGAGAGGAAGCACGUCUGCCAAGUGUGCGCGAAGGCGUUUAAACGCCAGGACCACCUGACCGGGCACAUGCUGACCCACCAGAAGACCAAGCCGUUCACCUGCCUGGAAGCGGGCUGCAGUAAGAGCUACUGCGACUACCGUUCCCUCCGGCGCCAUUACGAGGUGCAGCACGGGCUCCGCGUCCUGAAGGAGCCCGCCGGCGUGGAGGGCGGCGGGCGCUCCCUCCGCCUCCGGGAAGCGGCGGGCCCGGCGGGGCUGCGGGGCCUGCGGGCGCUGGUGCAGCCGGGGGCCCGCUCCCCCGCGGCCAUCGUGCCGGACCGGGCCCUGCUCCGGUGCCUGGUGAGCAGCCUCGUGGGCCCGAAGCCCCCGGACCCCGGCCAGCGGGCGGAGGGUCCCGCGCCCGACGGCCCGGGAGCCUCCGACCGCCCGGGCGACGCCGGGCAGGGCCUGCCUCCCUUCCCGCCGUUCCCCGGCCGGGGGUCCCCCCGGGGCUCCCGGGGCCGAAACGUCCAGUGGGUGCUGAACUGGCCGGCCGGCACCAAGGGCCGAGGGGGCGGGGUGCUCGUGGUCCACGGGCCCUCCGCGGCCCCCCGGGCCCGGCCGGAGGGGCCCACCGACCCGGCCGGGGCGUCGGCCCCCCGGGACGCGGGGGCCGCGCCGUCCUCCCGGGCCGCCACCGCCCUCUGGCCGGCCCCGGGGGAGCCCCGGAGAGCGGGCACCCACGCGAGCCAAGCCAGCCCGAGCCGCCGGCCGCCUUCCCCGGAGUCCCCGGGCGGCACGGACCGCGUGCCAGCUUUCCUCCGGAUCACCGAGUCGCAACGGAUCCUGCCCCGCACGCUGGGGGCUGAGCCCCAACCCGGGCCGCCCCCUCCCCACGACCCCCCGCUGCCGCCCAGCGACCCGUUCCUUCCGCUGUCGCCGUCCCCCGGGUCCGAGUCGCCCCCCGCUCUCCUGGGGGGGCUCUCCCCGGGAAUCGACCGGAGGCGGGAGCCCGAGGGAGCCCAGGGGAGGCCGAUGGGCCUACUGCUCCUCGACGACGCGGUGCCCGCCGAGGGCGGGAGCCGGGCCUCGGCCCCAGAGCCGGGCUUCAGGCCCCUCCCGGCCGCCCGCCGCUUGCCCGGCCUGCGCAGGGACCGGCUGGACAUGCUGGACUCGUGCUGCACAGCCUCCCCCAGCCAGGUGGCCAUGGCUUCCUUCUCGGCGGCCGGGGCCCCCGCGGAGGCGGACGGGGCCGGGCGGCCCAAGCUGACCCUCUCCAACAGGAUCCAGGGUGGAAAUGUCUACAGUUUUCUUAAUCCAGAGGAAAAAGGCUUGUCACCUGAAGGCCCCAGGAUCGGCGGGAUCCCCUCGGCACGGACGGAGCCGGGCGGCAGUUUGGUCUGCCAGAGCUGCGGCCAGUGGUUCUACACGGAGAAGGGGCUGAAGAACCACUUCUGCUUUCACGGCGACCAGUGGCCGCCGCCCCUCCAGAGGCCGGAGGCGCAGGGGCCGUCCCCCCGGCCAGAAGGCGACGGACCCCGCAGCCCGGAAGGCGACAGGCCCGAUGAGGGAGACCCGCCGGAGCCGCCCCUGAUGAGCCCGGUGCCCGCGGCCGAGGGCCCGCCGGCGGAAGACGGGUCCGAGGUGGGUGGCCGGCGGCCCCAGGAGGAGAGCGGGCCGAAGGCAGCGGCCUCGGCCCAGAGGCGCCCGCGGCCCAAGUCGCCGUUCCUGCCCUCGUCCCCGCCGCCGCCGUCGUCGUCGCCCGCCGCCCGGGCCCAGCUCCAGCCGGGAACGGGCGGCUGCUACAAGAGCUGCCUGCGCUCGCCGCUCUUCCUGUGGGACCACCUGCUGAGGGGCCUGUUGGAAAAGUCCCCGUACACGCCGCCCCCCAUGCUCAGCCCCGUGCGCGAGGGCUCUGGCCUCUACUUCAACCUCCUCUGCGCCUCCUCGCCCCAGGCCGACCCCGGCCACCUUUACAAGAUCCUGCUGGAUCCAGUGGAUGCCUCUCUCGGGAUAAGCAUUUUGAAGGAUGACGAUACCAGGUUCACCGUCCAACCGCACAUUAACAUGGGCAGCCAGUUUCAGGCGGAGACCCCCAACCUCCAAGACCAGUCGCUGGCGGAAAAGGACAAACACGCGGCCUCCUUGGUGUGGAAGCCCUGGGGCGACCUACCCAGCAGCCAGGAGGCUCAGAACAGAGUGACGGACCUGUGCAACACGGCGUGCUCCAGCGUGCUGCCCGGAGGGGGGACCAACCUCGAAUUGGCCCUACACUGCCUUCACGAAGCCAAAGGCGACACUCUGGAGGCCCUGGAGACCCUGCUGAUUUCGGGGCCACAGAAAACACCACCGCACCCCCUGGCCGACUACCACUACACAGGUUCCGACGCCUGGACGCCCGCGGAGAAGCAGCUGUUUAGAAAGGCCUUCUGUGUCCACAAAAAGGAUUUCCACCUCGUGCAGAAGGCGAUCCGGACGAAGAACGUCGCCCAGUGUGUCGAGUACUAUUACAUCUGGAAGAAGAUGAUCAAAUUCGACUGCGGCCGAGCAGCGGUGACCGAAAUGAGGGCCAGGAAGGGAAAGGAUGAGGUAGAAAGGACGGCCAGAAAGGUCCAGGACGGAAGCGGCGUCCGGAUGGUGCCCGAGCCCACCGGGACCAGGGGCAGCAAGAGAGACAGAAGCUCCAGGCUGAGCCCCUCCGCGGCCGCGGGCCCGCAGAGGCCAUCGGGGCCCACCAACCGCCAAGGCUCCUUCCCGUGCCGAGAGUGCGACAGGGUGUUCGAUAAGAUAAAGAGCCGAAACGCCCACAUGAAACGACACCGCGUCCAGGAGCACGCGGAGUUCAAGGCCAAGGGUUCGGGAAAACGCAGCAAACCCCAUCGCGAGGAGGAGGUGGAGGCCGGAGCCGGCGGGCCGCCCUGGUGAUUCCAGCCCGGGAUCGGCCGGAGGGAGCGGGAGAGGGGCUCCUCCGGUCGGAACUGGCCCAGGCUGGAAGACGGAAAACGGUCUCUCGGCGGGAAGCGGAUCCGUCGGGCCGCCCCGUCUCGUCUCGACGGCGUCCUCGGCCGAGUCAAGCCGGGGCUAGUUGUCCCCCGGGAACCAGGCCGCGUGGGCGGGAUUGUUUAGCGACGACAUAGGACUUGGGAUACGGAAGUCGGAGAGGCUUCCUGUUGCUUCGUUGGACGGGAGUUUUCCACACGGGAGAGGUGAAGGAGGGAGAUCCUCGGACUUUAGAUAAUCAUUGGGAAGAUAGAUGCCUUCAGCUCGUCUUGCUUCCUUUCCCCCGCCUCCGAGGAGAAGGACGAUCCAUCUUGCCCCCAGCCUGCUCCGUCGCCGGCCCUCUGCUUUUCCGAGGGUCGGCGACACCGCGGCCGCCAUCCGAGGCGUUUGUGGACGUGCCCGCUGUGAAUCUUAUUAA